AUGGUCAACAUAGUGAAGUAUCCUCCAAGCAGGAGUGAAAGGCAUGGACUGCUUCAAUACUGGAGGCGUCAUCCAUUGAAGCUGGCCAUUGCGAACACCUUUUGGGAGUACACGGAGCGCACCAAGGUGAGCGGCAUGUGGCUGCUGCGACGCAAUCGAACCCACGGACUGUCCAGAUUGAUUUGGGCAUCGGUGCUGGUUCAGCUGCUGUGUCUGAGCAUCUAUUUGACUCUGCUGCUCUGGCUGAAGUUCUACUCCUAUCCCAUUCUCAACACCAUUUCGAAUGAGCUGUCUAUUACGGAUGUGGCCUUUCCCGGGGUUACCAUAUGUAGUCCCAAAACGGUGAACAAGGAGCGCGUUCAACGCUACGUCCGAACACUCCAGAUACCUAAGGAGUACGACAUAGCCGAUGUGGCAGCUGGCUUUGAGUUUCUGAAUGCUUUCACGGAUCAGAGUUUUGUGCCCACCUCGCAGGAUAGCUACAAGACAACAGAUGCUGUGCUGCGAUUCAACAACGUGUCCAUAUGGGAAGCUGCGAUGGCUGUUAGUCCGGGCUGUGCGGAUUUUGUCAAGCGCUGCUUUUGGGGCUACUCGGAGUUUCCGUGCAAUCAGAGCCAUGAAUACUUAUCAUUUAUACCGACGACGGCAUUCCUUGGUCCGUGCUGCUCCUUCAACUAUAAUCCGCGCAAUUCCAGCUUUCUGCCCUUCUCGGCAAACAUCUUUGGCAUGGAUGGGGGCCUCACCUUUAUCGGCGCUGAAGGCUCUGAGCGAAAUCUAAGCACCGGCCUCAUUGUACUGGUCCAUCAUCCGAUGGAUUAUGUAACGGAAAAAGCUGCGUCGGUCACCAUAACUGCAAGAUCCGAGAGCUUUGUCGAGGUCUCGCCCACCGUGCAAACCUCCUCGACAGAGGUGCUCGAGCUGUCUGAACGCAAACGAGAUUGCCUCACCUCGGAUGACGUGCAGCUACGCAACUAUCGCCAGGCAGCCUGCCUACUUGCCUGCCAGACGGAGGCAAUCGGCAAGCGCUGUGGCUGCCAUCCUUACCUUCUACCCACAGUGAGCAAUAAGUUCAAGGAAUGCAGUCUCAACGAUACCUUCUGCUACGCAUAUAACUAUGACAAUUUCAAGAGUGUUCGCUGCGAUCAAUGCCUGCCCAAUUGCUACGACGUCACUUACUCAACGCUGUCCUAUAAAACGGAUCUCAAUGUACAUCAGUUCUCAGUGAGUAACUUUUACAAUCAGGAGAUGUUUAACAAUGAUAGCUUCAUGCUGCGGGUCUACUUGGCCAAGCAGGUCGUUCCAGUGAUCCGAAAGGUGACUGUCAUGUCCUGGAUUGGACUGUUGUCUGAUUUAGGAGGCAUUUUCAAUUUGUGCUUGGGCCUAAGCAUGAUUUCCAUUGUAGAAUUCUUCUACUACUGCACGUAUCGCCUGUAUAUCAAUUAUCAGCAGCAAAAGCAACUUCUUAUAAAACAAGCUUGGAAUUAGACUCAAUUAAAAAUA